ACCCGGGGAAGUGAAGCGACCGCCCGGGCGAUUGGAGGAGGGAACCGAACCCGCAGAGGUCCGCAGGCCAGCGCGGCCGCAGCAUGAAGGCGCGAGGCCCGGCCCUGGGUCUCCUGCUGCUGCUGCUUUGUCCGGCGCAGGUGUUUUCACAGUCCUGUGUUUGGUAUGGAGAAUGUGGAAUUGUAUCUGGAGAUAAGAGGUACAACUGCAAAUAUUCUGGGCCACCAAAACCACUGCCUAAGGAUGGGUAUGACUUAAUACAGGAACUCUGUCCAGGAUUCUUCUAUGACAAUGUCAGUGUCUGUUGUGAUGUUCAGCAGCUUCAGACAUUGAAAAGUAACCUGCAGCUGCCUCUACAGUUUCUGUCUAGAUGUCCAUCCUGUUUCUAUAACCUAAUGAGUCUGUUUUGCGAGCUGACAUGUAGCCCUCAACAGAGUCAGUUUCUGAAUGUUACAGAAACUGAAGAUAUUGUUGAUCCUGUUACAAACCAGACAAAAACAAACGUGAAAGCAUUAGAGUACUAUAUUGGACAGAGUUUCGCUAAUGCAAUGUACAAUGCCUGCCGGGAUGUGGAGGCCCCCUCCAGUAAUGACAAGGCCCUGGGACUCUUGUGUGGAAAGGAUGCUAGUGCCUGUAAUGCCACCAAUUGGAUUGAGUAUAUGUUCAGUAAGGACAAUGGACAGACACCAUUUACUAUCACUCCCAUUUUUUCAGAUCUUCCCAUCCAUGGUAUGGAGCCCAUGAGAAAUGCAACCAAAGGCUGCAACGAGUCAGUAGAUGAGAUCACGGGGCCCUGCAGCUGCCAGGACUGCUCCAUCGUGUGUGGCCCCAAGCCCCAGCCCCCACCCCCUCCUGUUCCCUGGAGGAUCUUUGGCUUGGACGCCAUGUAUGUCAUUAUGUGGAUCACCUACAUGGCAUUUUUGUUUGUGUUUUUUGGAGCAUUUUUUGCAGUGUGGUGCUAUAGAAAACGUUAUUUUGUGUUUGAGUACACACCCAUUGACAGCAAUAUAGCCUUUUCUGUGAACAGCAGUGACAAAGGGGAUACUUCCUGCUGUGACCCACUUGGUGCAGCAUUUGAGGGCUGUUUGAAGCGUCUGUUCACACAAUGGGGGGCUUUCUGCGUCCGAAACCCUGGUUGCAUCAUUUUCUUCUCGCUGGUCUUCAUCGCCGCAUGUUCUUCAGGCUUGGUGUUUGUCCAAGUCACCACCAAUCCUGUGGAACUCUGGUCAUCCCCCAAUAGCCAAGCCCGCCUAGAGAAAGAGUACUUUGACACACACUUUGGGCCUUUCUUCCGGACGGAACAGCUAAUUAUCCAGGCCCCCCACACCAGUGUACACAUUUAUGAGCCGUACCCUUCAGGAGCCAAUGUACCCUUUGGACCUCCACUUGAUCUCGAGAUUUUGCACCAGGUUCUUGACUUACAAACAGACAUUGAAAACAUUGUUGCAUUUUAUAACAAUGAGACUGUGACACUUCAGGACAUCUGUGUGGCCCCACUGUCACCUUAUAACAAGAAUUGCACCAUUAUGAGUGUGCUAAAUUACUUCCAGAACAGCCAUUUGAUGCUGGACCACAAAAUACAGGAUGACUUUUAUAUAUACGCUGAUUUCCACACACACUUUUUGUACUGUGUCCGAGCUCCUGCCUCUCUGAAUGACACAAGUAUGCUCCAUGACCCUUGCCUGGGUACAUUUGGAGGACCAGUGUUCCCAUGGCUUGUACUUGGAGGCUAUGAUGAUCAAAACUACAACAAUGCCACUGCACUUGUGAUUACCUUCCCUGUCAACAAUUACUACAAUGACACAGAGAAGCUCCAGAAGGCCCAGGCCUGGGAAAAAGAACUUAUUAACUUUGUGAAAAACUACUCGAAUCCAAAUCUCACCAUUUCUUUUACUACUGAACGAAGUAUUGAAGAUGAACUGAAUCGUGAAAGUAACAGUGAUGUCUUCACUAUUGCAAUUAGCUAUGCUAUCAUGUUUCUGUACAUCUCUCUUGCCCUGGGGCACAUCAAAAGCUGUAGCAGGCUCCUGGUGGACUCUAAGAUCUCCCUAGGCAUCGCAGGGAUCCUGAUUGUGCUGAGCUCAGUGGCCUGCUCAUUGGGCAUCUUCAGCUACAUUGGGACCCCGCUGACCCUCAUUGUAAUUGAAGUCAUCCCGUUUCUGGUGUUAGCAGUGGGAGUGGACAACAUCUUCAUUCUUGUGCAGACUUACCAGAGAGAUGAACGUCUUCAAGGGGAAACCUUGGAUCAGCAGCUGGGCAGGGUCCUGGGAGAAGUGGCUCCUACUAUGUUCCUGUCUUCCUUUUGCGAGACAUCAGCAUUCUUCCUUGGCGCACUGUCAACAAUGCCAGCUGUUCAUACUUUCUCUCUGUUUGCGGGAAUGGCAAUCUUAAUUGACUUCCUUCUUCAGAUAACCUGUUUUGUGAGCCUCUUGGGGUUAGACAUUAAGCGGCAAGAGAAAAACCAGCUGGACAUCCUCUGCUGUGUCAGAGGCGCUGCAGACGGAAGAAGCGUCCAGGCCUCUGACAGCUUCCUGUUUCGUUUCUUCAAAAACUCCUAUUCUCCGUUUCUGCUGAAGGACUGGAUGCGUCCCAUUGUGAUAGCUGUAUUUGUGGGUAUUCUGUCAUUCAGUAUUGCGGUCCUGAAUAAGGUCGAAAUUGGAUUGGAUCAGUCUCUUUCAAUGCCAAAUGACUCCUACGUCACAGAUUAUUUCAGAUCCCUCAAGCAGUACCUGCACUCGGGUCCACCUGUGUACUUUGUCUUAGAAGAGGGUCAUGAUUACACUUCCCAGGAGGGGCAGAACAUGGUGUGCGGAGGCAUGGGCUGCGACAACGACUCCCUGGUGCAGCAGAUAUUUAACGCGGCGCAGCUGGACAACUACACCCGGAUUGGCUUUGCUCCUUCAUCCUGGAUUGAUGAUUAUUUUGACUGGGUGAAGCCACAGUCUUCCUGCUGUAGAGUCUACAAUAGCACUGACCAGUUCUGCAAUGCUUCUGUGGUUAACCCUGAAUGCAUCCGCUGCCGGCCUCUGACUCCAGAAGGCAAACAGAGGCCACAGGGUGGAGACUUCAUGAAAUUCCUGCCCAUGUUCCUUUCUGACAACCCUAACCCCAAGUGUGGCAAAGGGGGACACGCUGCUUACAGCUCAGCAGUUAACAUCCUUGGCAAUGACACCGGUGUAGGAGCCACGUACUUCAUGACCUACCACACCGUGCUUCAGACCUCUGCGGACUUUAUUGAUGCCAUGAAAAAGGCUCAACUUGUAGCCAGUAACAUCACCAAAACCAUGGGCAUGAAGGGUAGUAAUUACCGUGUGUUCCCAUACAGUGUGUUUUACGUCUUCUACGAACAGUACCUGACCAUUAUUGAUGACGCCAUCUUCAACCUCAGCAUGUCCCUGGGAUCCAUAUUUCUGGUGACCAUGGUGGUUCUGGGCUGUGACCUGUGGUCUGCAGUCAUCAUGUGUGUCACCAUCGCCAUGAUCCUGGUCAACAUGUUUGGCGUUAUGUGGCUGUGGGGCAUCAGCCUGAACGCAGUUUCCUUGGUCAAUUUGGUGAUGAGCUGUGGCAUUUCCGUGGAGUUCUGCAGCCACAUAACAAGAGCAUUUACAGUGAGCAAGAAAGGAAGUCGCGUGGACCGUGCUGAAGAGGCACUGGCUCACAUGGGGAGCUCUGUAUUCAGUGGAAUCACACUUACAAAAUUUGGAGGGAUUGUGGUGCUAGCCUUUGCCAAAUCUCAAAUUUUCCAGAUAUUUUACUUCAGAAUGUAUUUGGCUAUGGUCUUACUGGGAGCCGCGCAUGGACUCAUUUUUCUCCCCGUCUUACUCAGUUAUAUAGGACCAUCAGUGAAUAAAGCUAAAAGACAUACCACUCAAGAUCCGUACAAAGGCACAGAGCGAGAGCGACUCCUGAAUUUCUAGCCUCCCUCAGGGUGUG